AUGGCACUAGUAGUAUGGCUAAUUCAUUUUGUGGUGAAAACAGGAGGAAAUAUCCCAGAAUUCAAAGCUGAACCUAUCUCCAUGCAAAGAUGAUCUCUGUGGGAGGGAUGCAAAUUGCAAACUGUCCUCCAAGCAAGCUGAUUGGAUGAAAGAUGGGAUUAGUGAAGACGUUCAGGGAUGCACUUGUGAUGCUGAUGCUUUUGUCGCAAUGUGUUAGUCCACAAAGCCCGCAGAAUCUUACAACAGAGGCAACAGGAACAGCAGAUCCAGCUAUGAAUUUCACUAUGGAAACAUUGCCCACCAGUGAUGCAACAGUAGAAUCACUGUCUGGUGUCUCAUGUAAUACUACAAUUUGUGAUUGUUCUCCAACAGCCGUUAUUUGCACAGAUGGAAUUAUAUCACAAGUCCCUUCAUUUAAAGACCCAAGGGACAUUGAAUUGUUAAAUCUGACAGGCAACAUCAUAUCACAUCUAGAUGAAACAAGUCUGAAAAGCUUCAUCAAAGUGAAGAAAAUUGAUUUGUCAUCCAACAGAAUAGAGAGUAUACACAGGGAUGCAUUUUCACAACUCAGCCUUUUGGAAGAAUUGUAUCUUGACAACAACCCCUUACUCUCUAUAUCUGGUGGUUUGUUUGAGGACCUUACUGCCCUGAAGAAAAUUGUUGUGGACCACAAUGCCUUCUGCUGUGAGUUUACCAACAAAGAGGUUCAAUGUAUGGCUACAAAGGAACCAUCCGAGGUUCCAGAUUGUUCUGACCUUGUUCGGAGAUUUAAUGACCCAUCCUCAAGAGUGCUUGAAAUUGUAUGUUGGAUACUUGGGCUGGUUGGUGUACUUGGUAAUGUUUAUGUCAUAAGUAUGAGGAUUGUUCGCAAGGAGUUGUCCAUCCCUCCAGUCAUCCUUGUGUUCCACAUGGCUCUUGCUAACCUCCUUAUAAGCAUCUAUACACUCAUCAUUGCUGCGGUGGAUCUGUACUAUCGUGACAUGUUCCCUUACGUCAGCCCAGCUUGGCGUAGCAGUAUUCUGUGCAUCAGUAUUGGUGUCAUUUCCACUGUGGGCAUCAUUAUGUCUCUGUUCAGUAUCAUUGUCAUCACUCUUGAGAGGAUGGUUGUCACUGUUAUCCCCGCACAUAUUGAUAAAUGGAGCCCCAAAGCAAUGCACGUCACUAUGGGGAUAGCAUGGAUCUUCAGCCUUGCUUUCGGAAUCAUACCUGCCCUCCCGAUUGCAUACUUCGAUGGUUUGUAUGGAGACAACAAAAUGUGCGUUGCUUUACCUCUAGUGAGUCAAGGUCUUGGACCUCUCCAUAGUCCCGCAUUCGAGUAUACCCUUGGUGUGUUCAUGACCCUUUUGGGGAGCUCCACUAUCAUUGCCUUCGUCUGCUACACAGCUGUCCUAAUCAAAGCCUGCAAGAUUAAGUACAGUGAGGUCAACAGGCAUGUGAGGAGUGAGUAUGUCCUCUCACUACAGAUGCUGGUGAUUGUGCUGACUGACUGCCUUGUCUCUCUGGCCAUCUUCAUCUGCGUCAUAUUCCAGCUGGCAGGUCUAAAGUUCCAUGAGGACAUCAUAGUAUGGUUGGCUGCCCUUGUGCUCCCUUUGAAUGCUGCUUUAAAUCCUGUCCUAUAUGCUUGCUUCUCACUGGGGCAUAAUCGCCAGGAUGUGACUCCCCGCUCCUCCCUAAGGCGCUCUCAAGGACUCCGCAGAUCUAAGUGUAGAUCACUGCCAGCCCUUGAUGUGAAUGUGGGAGCUGCAGACAUAAAUGAGGUAAAAAUCGAGAAGGAUGGAAUGUCCCUAGAAAACUUUCUGAACUCCGGCAACACCCUAGACACAAGCAAGAUAAACAGUUUGAGGACACAGAUUCAGAAUUGUCUCACUAGUUGCCAUGAGAACAAGGUGUUACAUAGUGAAGUCACAGCUGGAAACAUUGUUGUACAUUGCAUAGAGGGUACUAACCAGGCCCAUAGGUUUACCAUGAAAGAAACAGAAAGCAGUGUAAAAGAGUAUAAAGAUGAUGAUAAGGCUACUGAUGAGACAGACCUGAACAACCUUGUUGCUGAUCUAUUGGAACGAUUCAAAGAUGUACCUGUUAAGGACAUUGAAGUGAACAAUGGAAAAGCUGAAGGUUGUAUUGAUGAUAAAAACGGUGAGAUUAAACAAGACCCAGAAUCCAUAAAUGAUGAAGUGAACAUUACACGGUCUCCUUCUAUAAGUUCUCAGAAGGAAUGAAAAAAAAGAUAUUUUUAAGAUAACAUGUAAAAAUUAAAACAAAUUAUUACUAUUGUAUUUAAAAAUGAUAUUCAGAAAAUGAACACCUGUAAAGAUGUAACAAGAGAUUUUGGGCAAUAUAAGUUACCGUGACAACAAAUUAUAAUGAGACUAAAACAGUUUUAUUACAUUUAGAUGAGUUUUCGCUUUCUUAUACUUUGCGCAACAAGGUGUUAGCAGUAUGUCCAUAAUAUGCCCAUAAUUGUUAAUACAGGCCCUUGAUUAAUUGUAUAUUGUUUGUGAAAGGUGUUGUCAUAAGGCGAGUGUCACACCUAUAAUAAGGUAGAAUUAUAUGCUAUACAAUAUCAGUUAGAAAUUACUUGUGCUUGUCACGCAGGACCAUAAUCAAAUCUAAAGGCGUAUCACAUAUCAUAUUGUCACAAGACAACCUACUUGUUAUCCUGUUUCUAUUGGCUCAGAUGUUACUGUAAGAGUGGAAAUUUUAAUGACGCAUAGACUUUAACAGAUUUUAAAGAGGAGAGGGUGUCGAUAAAGUUAAAUUUGUUAUUGUUAAUUCAAACGUUGACAAAGGGCGUUAAUACCAACAUUUGACAGACUUGAAGUAAUCUACUGUAAAUUGCUUUAAUUUGGCGCCCACUUUAUAGCCACUUUGCCAAUUCUGUAAAAG